GUGAUUGGUGAUAGUGCCAGUGGAGAGGCAACAGGUAUAAGAGGUGAAUGCCCGCCUGGCACCCUUUGGAUUGUGUUGCUCUGCCCCACGUAUGCUGCUACAAACAAACCACACACACACAUCCUCCUCUUGCGUGAGAGAUCGACUCGCCUAUACGUCACACCUCGACAAUCCCCCACCCGAGCGGAGAGAUCUUCACCAGCUUCCACGGACUGGCAACAGCAUGCUCACCAUCGCCAUUACGGAUCGUUCCUUUGGCGUGCGAGCCAAGAGCCAUGCUCAUCAUCGACUGUCCAAUCGAUCCUCGACGGACGACGAAGAAGAAGAGCUGAGCUGCUUCGACAGUCUAUCGCUCAGCAACGCGCUCGAACUCGAAUUGGGCACCGAGCUCGCAUCCCUGCUGCCGGCAUCGAGGGGGUGCACGGCCGCACAAGCGCACGCCUCCGCGACAAACAAGGCAUCAGCUCUGCAAUCCAGACCAUCUCACCUUAGUCUAAAGGGCCUCUCGACGGUGGAAUCUCAGACGCCGAGCAGGACGCCACCGCCUUCUUACGUGUCCAUAAACUCGCCACCUCCCACAUACUUCUGCCAAAUGGCGGACGAGAGGAUGAGGUGCGCGACUGGAGAAGGAGAAGCCUCCAAGCUGCUGCUCGUCGAAGCUUCUUUGGCUGCCGGAUGGUCUGCAAAGGUCAAGAGACGACGCGAGCGCAAACUUUCGAGGACGGAGCCUGCAGACUUGCAGUCGGCCGCGAUGGUCCGAUCGACGGUGAACGGCACCGCACACACAUCCGAGGCGCAGGACUGCGCGCAGAGCGACGCAUGCUCCAACCAAAGACCUCGUAACGACGCAGCAGCAACAGCAGCAGCAGCAGCACCGCCAACCGCGGUGAACGCGCGCGCAACCGGUUCAUCACCGUCUCCGACCGACGCGGCUUGCAUGCCCUUCGAUGCGUCGCCGACGAGUUCGCUCAAGCGCACCUCGAGCACGUCUAGGUCGAGUGUGCUCAAGCAAGUUCGAUUCGAGGAUGAAGAGAAGAAGAGGCUGUGGAAAGAGUCGAGAAUGGGCAAAGGGUGGAGACUCGGCAGCCCGACGACCGUUCUUCUUGGUUUGGCUUCGCAAACGGCGUAAAAUAGGAUCUUGAUCGGCGUGGCCGAUGCCUGCCACCGCUUGUUGGGAAAAAAGGCCGACCUUUCAUGCGCUUCCCUUGUAGAAUCUUUCUCGUCACCCUUGGUCACCUUUUGCCUUUGAAUGUAUCAUAUCCAAACGUCAGCCCCCACCUCUUGCUUCGAGCGCGAUGUCAUUCCCCCCCAAACUCGAUCUCCAUUUUCUGCGAGAUUCGUGCGCUUGAUGGGCUUGGCGUGGCUUGAACACCAUUACGCUCCUUGAUCUCGUCGUCGAAGGGCGCAUCUUGCUGCUCGAACGCGGCGUCAUUUGAAAGCGAAUGAAUGCACUCAUCCCGCACACCAGGAAGAGGUUACUCGUGACGUGACUGUUGCAGUCGCGAGAGUCG